AUGCAAUUACAAGGCGAACUCCAACAAAAGGGACGCCAGCCACACUUCUACCGAGGCCCAAUCCACGGCGUGGGUGUCAUCCUGCGAAACGAAGGCUUACGCGGUAUUUAUCGUGGCCUGGGAACAGCCUACAUUUACCAGAUUCUCCUCAAUGGCUGCCGGUUAGGUUUCUAUGAUCCCAUGCGCAAGGGUUUAGCAACCUUGUUCCUCAAAAACGAAAAUGCCCAGAACCUCGGAAUCAACAUGUUUUGCGGUGCCUUCUCUGGCGUCAUUGGCGCAGCUGCCGGCAGUCCGUUCUUCCUCGUCAAGACCCGCCUUCAGAGCUAUUCGCCGUUUCUGCCAGUCGGCACUCAACACCAGUAUCGCAAUGCUUGGGAUGGCCUGUCGCAGAUCUACCGCGCGGAGGGUGUGGGCGGCCUGUAUCGCGGUAUUGGUGCGGCAAUGAUCCGAACCGGCUUCGGCAGCUCCGUCCAGCUGCCGACAUACUUUUUCGCCAAGAGGCGGUUAAUGCGACAUGCUGGUAUGGAGGAGGGUCCUGCUUUGCACCUGGCCAGCAGCGCUGCCAGUGGCUUUGUUGUCUGUUGCUUCAUGCACCCCCCUGAUACCAUCAUGUCUCGCCUCUACAACCAAAACGGCAAUCUCUACAAGGGCGUUUUCGACUGCUUGGGAAAGACGAUCCGCACAGAGGGCCUUUUCGCCAUCUACAAAGGGUUCCUGCCUCACCUGGCAAGAAUUCUGCCUCACACAAUCUUGACGCUUUCGCUGGCUGAACAGACUAACAAGUUGGUAAGGAAGUUUGAGGGCCGGAUGUUGCCAAUGGUUGCCAAGGCAUGA